AUGGUAAGUAGACGACACUAUAAAGCAGCAGCAGAAGCAGCAACAACAGCAACAGUAAGGCAGGAGGGGCAGGUUGGUGGGGGAGAGGAGAGAGGACAGCACAGCCAACAACAGGAGGUUCAGCAGGGGCAGGGGGAGGCCGGCGAGUGGGUUGAGGAGAGGGGACAGCAGGGGCAGCAGCGGAUGGCCAGCAAGGGCAGGGUAUGGAGGGGAGGGGAUAGGGCGAGGGUGCGGGGGGGUUGGGUUUGGGGAGAGGAGAUGGGAGGAGGCAGGUCUUUCCUUCCUCUAGUUUCUUCCUCUCUUUCCUUUCCUCUUUCCACCUUUCCUUCAACCCUUCUCUUCUUCUCCGCCUCUUCUCUCCUAAUCACGUACGGAUGA